GGGUUUUACUAACCACGUGUUGCAUUAAAAUGGCGGGAAGGAACUGUACUAUUCUUCCUCUCCUUCUCCUCUCUUUGCUCCUAGUCCUUAGCUUCAUUGACACAGGAGCCUCCAAACAGUACACACUCAAUGUACCUCGUGUCCUCUUGCCUCGUGUUCCACCUUCUGGAGUGAAAUCUAACUUCACUUUAAAGUCAGACUAUGGCUGUUUUAAUUGGAUUAGUACUAAACCUGAUGUUGCUAGUGUUCACCCUGUGUAUAUGGUAUCAAAGACAGGUCUUAAAUGUUCAAGGGAAGCAGUCCUGACUCCUCAAUCAACUGAUGCUGUCAGACUGAGUACUAUCAUCAUUGCCACUGAAGAAGUGACUGGUUUGACUCUACGCUGUGAUGUCUACGUUGAUACCAUUUCCCGUAUUGAAAUAACAACGAGAACCAGGGAACUGUUAUUGGAGGAAGAGCCGGAGAAAUUUGAAGUGAGAGCCUUUGAUGAUGAAGGCAAUAUGUUCAGUACUGUUAGAGGCCAUGUGUUCCAGUGGACACUGCUCAAGGAUGAAGAUGCUGAAAGUCAACAGCUUGUUCCUGAGUCAAUCCUUUCAUUUGUUGAGUUUAGGGAUUCCUCUUAUUCUGUUGAUCCUAUUAUAUCAUCCAUUGAAGAUGAGGGUCAGCAAGGUGAUGAGGUAUUGGUCUCUGGUAUUAAUACUGGAACUGCUAAAGUUUGUGUUAAAUUGGCUGAGAAAAUAUGGAAGUCAGUAGCUGUUGAUGUAGUGAAGCUGUUGGUGAUUGAGAACCUGAUGCUGCUACCAUCAGCUGAUGUGUACAUUAUGCCCUACUCUUAUGUUGACUAUAGAGUGGAGAGAAGAAAGCAUGGAAAAGUGGAAGUUGUUAGUAUGCCCAGUGAGCAGUAUUCCCUUGAAUUACUCAACAGUACAGUAGCAUCACUGGAUAGAGCUGCAUCAAGAGUUACUGGAAUGGUCAUUGGCAGCACUGAGAUUGUACUCCAUGAUAAAAAUAUGCUCAACAUUCCACAUGCAGCCAAACCAUCUGCUGAUAUACAUGUUGUGUUCCCUCAUCAUAUUGAUUUAGAUGUACUGCCUGGUCAUCAGUGGGUUCUUCAAGUUGGUAAACAAUACGUGUUUAUUGUUAACUUGAAAGACACCAACAAUCACAAGAUUCUAAUUACCAAAAAUGUGUUGUUGGUGACAGAGGUCUCCAGUGAUUAUUUCAGUAUACAUUAUUCAACUGCUAAUGGCUCGUAUCACAGUGUCACUGCUGAUGAACCUGGAAAGACCUACCUCAAUGCUUCAAUAAACCAACUGAAGCACCCAGAGACUGAUGAGGUGUAUCCAUUACCAGUCCCAUUGUUCAAGAAGCAGUUGAUUGAGAUAUUCCAUCCAAUCACAGUCAUGCCUGGUGUGUUGCUACUCCUCUGGGACAGUAAGAAUGAGUACCAGUACAAGCAUCAACUCAAGGUGAUUGGAGGGAGUGGCAGUUAUCAGUGGACCAGUGAUAACGUUGAUGUGGUGGGUGUGUCUAACUCCGGUCUCAUUACCUCAUUCACUAUUGGACAAGCUAAUGUAACAGCCAGUGAUACUAGGAACAGUGAUCACUAUGAUACUGCCAAGGUCUACGUUGUCCCACCAAUUGAGAUGUCCUUCAUUUCUUCACGGGUUGAAAUUGAAGUCGGUGGUUCCCUUUACCUUCCAUUACAAGUACUAGGAAGGACGUUAGAUGAUCCUCCAAUGACACUCCCUUUCUAUGACUGUCGGUUCAUGGGAUUCCAAUACUCACUGGCUGAUGAAGCCAUCUUUAAUAUAUCCAUUGAUCACAACAUCAGUCUAUCAUCUCUCCCUCCUGAUGCCUGUACCUUCAUUAAAGCCACUUCAAUCAAACCUGGACAUACCAAACUGACCCUUACCUACACCCACGGAUUGUUAGAGCUUCAAGCCUCCGUUACCAUAGCAGCAUACCCUGUACUGCGCUCCAUUGAUCCUGAGGACUUUGUACUGGUUACCCUCGGGUCCAGUAAGACUGUUGUUCUUGAAGGAGGUCCUUCCAGUUGGGUAUUAGACCCUUCCAAGUAUUUCAGGAAAUUGGUCCCAGAGGUACCUGAUGCUGUCAGUAUAAGAUCAAUCCCCUCAUCUUCCCUGACUCAACACGAGUACCUGGUGGUAUGUAAGAAACUAGGGGAACAGACUCUUGUCUUUACUGUUGGCAAUGGACCCACUUCCAAGAACAAGAUACCUGCUGAUGAGACCAUUGCUAUCAAGUAUUUAUGCUCAUUGCCCACUUCAGUAUCAGUGAGGCCACUCUCUCCUGAGAUGACUGACUGUCCAUUGCUUCGUGAAGGAAACCUUGAUACACAACAUGUCCUCCUUUCCAAUAUCCUACCAUACCCGUGUAUCCCAACAAAUUAG